AGGAGGAAGGAAAAGUGAAAGGAAAAAAGGGGAAAAAGGAGCCCCCAAAUCCUAAGGGCUAAGCCGGUUCCUCCAAUAUCUUCUCGAUAUCUCUCUCUGGAGCUCUCUCAUCUCUGUUGUCCCUCUCGGAUUCUCCAGCGGUGACCGCCUUUCUUUCUUUUUACGUUUUUGCUUUCUAUUUUCAGGGUGGAUCUUCUUGAGCUCUGCUGACGGCGAUUGUCAAAGAAUUUCAUUCGCACAGCCUCUGAAAGCGAAGGCCCUCGGUGUUCUGGUUGCUCAUUUGUGUCACCAAUUUUUCUGCCUUUUGUGUCCGAUCACUUUUCGCUGCUUCUGAUUAUCCUUUCUCACAUCGAGAUUGAGUUUUGUGUAUCAAUUUUGGGCCUGAUCGGUCUUGUACUCUGUCCAAUAAUCUCAUAUUAUAAGAAAAUUAGACUAGGGUUCAAGUGUUUUUCAUUUUUUUCUUUUUGUUCUCUUUGUAGUUUCAAUUGAUUGUAGCUUUGGGCUCCAUGUUAAUGGAUUUUCCCUUCCCAGUAUUGUAUUAUUGACGUUUAUAUGAUUAUUAUCUUCUCAUUUAUUUUUUUUCCUUUCCUGAUCUGAUUUUCUACGGGGAAAAGGUGUGAAAAAAAAGAGAAAAAAAGGAAGAAGGUGGGAAGAAAAAGAAAAAAAAGAACUUGUGAAAAUUUCAAUAAACAAUACAUUCGUGCCAUCCCCUUUUCUUAAUUAAAAAAGAGAGAGAGAGAGAGAGAGAGAGAGAGAGAGAGAGAGAGCGAGAGAGGAAAAAACCGAGAUUGUAAAAUUUGUGUACUAUUUUCGAAUGGGGAGCCCUGCAUUAAGUGGUCGGAAUAAUGGGCAGCGAUUAGGCAUUACUGAUCCCAUUUCGUUGAGUGGACCAACGGAGUACGACGUGAUAAAGACUCGCGAACUUGAAAAGUAUUUGCAAGAUGCUGGAUUGUACGAGAGUCAGGAAGAAGCCGUGAGUAGAGAGGAAGUUCUUGGAAGACUGGACCAGAUUGUGAAGAUUUGGGUUAAAGCAAUUAGUCGUGCGAAAGGGUUGAAUGAGCAACUGGUGCAAGAAGCAAAUGCUAAGUGCAUGGCCCUGGUGCAGACAUUGACACACUCUGUGUUGGACCUAGACAUGCAACCCGUGAAGUGCGAUCAGCUUUCAUUUUCAUGA